AUGGCGCGACAUUUGAAAUAUACACUCUUUGCUCUAGAUAUAACCAAAGGAAGGACUGGAAUUGUUAUGAAACGUUUAUCAAAGAAUGUUUUUGUCUUAAACAACGAACUAGUAAAGCGUCGAGUUUUGUAUGUUACUUCAUAUUUUCCCCGGGGGCGACUUCUAGACCCGGGGGCUUCUCACGAGCUGAGGACUCGUGAGCUCUGGGCUGAACCCGAGGGACGUUCGGGAGAUCCUACAACCGGUGGCUCAGCCGUUCGUCAAGGCCCACGCCCACGCCCUAUUUCAACAGGACAACGCACGUCCGCAUACCGCAGCCAUCUCCCGAGCAUCCUUUUGGCCGUGGAUACUCUGCCAUGGCCCCAGCCGCAUCUCCAGACCUCUCCACGAUCGACAAUGUGUGGGGUGCCGUGGAGCGUGCGAUCAGGACCCCUCCCCCUACCCACCAAUCCGCAAGCACUCUGCGCUCAGGUUCAAGUUGCUUGGCAUGGACUAGCACAGGACUCCAUUCGAGACCUGUACAACUCCAUGCCGCAACGUCUGGACGCGUGGCGUUCGACAACAUGGCGGUCUGACGCGUUCGACAACAUGGCGGCCCCACGCAAUACUAAGAGAACGAAUCACUUUGGUCUCCACGGCCCCCAGUGGCAAACAUCUCGAAGCACGCAAUUGUAG